CCGCCAUGGUGCGCCUGCACGUGAAGCGCGAAGACCAGAGCCAGUUCCUGCUGGAGGCCGCCGUCAGCGACCGCCUCGCCGACCUGGCGCCGCUCGUGGCGCGCAUCUACAACGGCCGGCUCAAGGUGCAGCGCCUCUGCUCAGAGCUGGAAGACCUGGCAGAGCAUGGGAUUUCCUUGCCUCCUAAGAUGCAAGGACUGACAGAUGAACAGAUAGAAGAACUGAAAUUAAAGGAUGAAUGGGCAGACAAAUGUGUGCCUAGUGGUGGAAGUGUCUUUAAAAAGGAUGUCAUGGGACGCAGGAAUGGACAUGCUCCAAAUGAAAAAAUGCAGCAAGUUAUAAGAAAGACAAUAGAGGAAGCAAAGGCGUUAAUCUCUAAGAAACAAGUUCAGGCCAAUGUGUGCCUUAAUAUGGAGAUGGUGAAAGAUGCAUUGGACCAGCUCCGAGGGGCCGUGAUGAUUGUGUAUCCAAUGGGAUUGCCUCCACAUGAUCCAGUUAGGAUGGAGCUUGAAGAUAAAGAAGACCUGUUGGGAACUCAUGCUGGACUUGAAGUUAUAAAAGAAUCAGAAGCACAAUUAUGGUGGGCAGCGAAGGAAUUGAAAGAAACCAAGGUGCUCUCCGAYUAUAUAGGCAAAAACGAAAAAACAACCAUCAUUGUCAAGAUCCAGAAAAAGGGGCAAGGGGCUCCGGGACGUGAGCCUGUGAUCAGUCACGAGGAGCAGAAACAGCUGAUGCUGUACUACUACAAAAAGCAGGAGGAGUUCAAGAAACUAGAAGAGGAUGAGGACGACUCCUUUCUGAACGCCGAGUGGGCUGAUAGCCAAGCUUUGAAAAGGCAAUUUCAUGGUGUGAAAGACAUCAAAUGGGGGCCGAGAUGAAGCUCUGCAAACACAUGAGUUUUUUUGUCUUUAAGCUGCUUGAUUGAUGCACUUGUUUGCAAGGAGGAGCUGUGUUAGUGCAGGGCAGAGCCUUCGGACUGAAGCUGAAAUCUCCUGUCCUGGCAGACGUCUGUUUCAGGACAAGGU